ACAUUCCUAUAUCACCAUAAUAUAUCAUAACAUUCUCUCUGUCUGGAUUGUGAACCUUUUGAUGGAAUCAUCGGAGGAAGAAGCACUGUUCCGAUCACAACAAUACACCACCCUAUACUUCGUCCAAAGUCCAACCACCACUGUCUCAUUUCAUUCUCCGACCACCCAACGUCGCCUCACUCUCUCUCACUACUCCUCAUCUCGUGGAUCCACCAACAACUCUUUGCAUGAGAAGAAGAUAUCCUAUGGUCCUCUAGAGAGCCCUGACCAUGGAGGUGUUGGGGGUGGGGUGGUGGUGAAACUUGGUGAAAAGUGUGGUGAUUUUGGUGGUGGAGGGAAUGUGCUUGGCAAAGGUGGUGGUGGUGUGGAGAGUGAGGAGGAAGAGGAGGAAGAGAAUCGCGUCGGGACGAGGAAGAGGAUGUGGGAUUUUGUGUCGUUUUCGCGCUCUGAUCCUUGUGUGUGGAUACUAUUUCAGAUAAGCUUAAGACUUGUGGUUAGCUUUGGAGUGGCAUUGUUGUUCUUCUAUGUUAUUACUAAGCCUCCUUCUCCCAUUGUCUCUGUUAAGAUUGAACGAAUGAACGAGUUUCGGCUAGGGGAAGGUGUAGAUAACACAGGUGUUACCACCAAAUUUCUCACGUGUAAUUGUUCAAUAAAUCUACUUGUAAACAUCAAAUCGAGACUCUACGGUCUUCACAUUCAUCCAGUGGUCUUAACUAUGUCAUUUGACGAUAUCCCUUUUGCAAACUCGAUCGAGAAACACUCACUCUAUGCAUCAAGUAAUGGCCCAACUUCUUUCUUGUUAUACUCAGGGAUAACAAAUAAGCCAAUGUAUGGUGCAGGAAGAAGUAUGCAAGACAUUUUAGACUCCGGAAAGGGACUGUCUUUGGUCAUUCAUGUGAAGUUUAGUUCAAGAUUUCAUGUUGUUGGGAAGCUUAUUCGGCUUAAAUAUCAUCACCGUGCCAAGUGCAUAUUAAUCCUCAAAAAAUCACACGAUAUACAACAUAAAACCCUAAUUUUUGAUAAUCUCUGUAAUUUGUUAUGAUUGCAAGCAAGUGUGCAAAAGUAAUCCGUCUUCAGAAUAAUAUAUUUAAUCAAGCAUAUGAAGUUUUUGGUUUUAGCAA